CUUACCCACAUAAAAACAACUUCCACACACUUAACGCGUUUAUAGCUGAAAUCGUAGUUUGCGGAACGUUCGCAGCCUUGAUGAACGCAUAAAAUGUACGUCGUGAACGACGAUGUUAAAAAAAACGUGUAUGAAACGUUCGGUCGUAAAAUACAGAUGGUGGAAGAUGAUGUCAACAUCAUCAAAACGUGGAUGAAGGGUCAACUACAUCUCCCGGAGAUGAUGGAGGAUGCCAGAAUUAGGAAUUUUCUUAACUUGAAUAAGUUCAGUAUCGAAAAAACAAAGGUAAAAAUUGACAUGUACUAUACUAUUAGAGGCGUGAUUCCUGAAUUAUUCGAACUCAGCAAUCCGAAACUGGAAAACAUGAAAAAUGUGUUUAAUUUGACAUAUUUAUUCACUUUUCCGAAAAUGUUGAAUGAUGUGCAUCGAGUUUAUUUCGCGAAGCAGAAAAAACCCAAUACUUUGAAGGCUGUGGAGACGUCUAACGUUUUAUUAUCAAUUUUUGAGAUCCGGUUGUAUGAAGAUUUUAUGGUCGACGAUUAUAUUAUACUUGAUUUAGAGAAUCACUCUCUUGGUGACAUCAAAAGGAUUACUCCUACGUUUGUAACGAAAUUUUUAGCGAUCUAUAAAAAAGUGUACGCCCUUCGGAUAAAAAAAGUCAUCUUCAUGAAUUGUCCAUCUUACGUUUCUGUUUUGAUUGCGAUGCUGAAGCCCCUCGUGAAAGCCAAAAUUUUUGACAGAAUAGAGUUUCAUGACGACAGUGAGGUUUUAAAGAAAAUUAUUUGCAAAAAAGAUCUUCCGAAGGACUACGGUGGCGAAGGACCUUCUUUGGAAGAAUACAAUGCUAUGAUGCAAACAAAGCUUUGUCAACACCAAAACCGGUUCGACCAGUUGGAUAAAUUGAGGGUUAAUGAAAAUCUUCGACCCGCAAAACUGAAUAACGAUGAAAUUUUGGGAUUCUAUGGAAGUUUUAAAAAAAUAAAUUUUGACUAAAUCGUUGGCGUACUAUUACGUUUAUUUCUACAUUAUAUUGCAUCAUCACUGUCUUCGUCAAAUCCAAAACAAGUUUGAAU